AUGAGCUCUGUUCAGGAAGAAAAACCUGCAGAUGGCACCACCAAAACACAUGUUCGUGAAUUGAGAAACGCUGAACUGGUUUCCCGUUUACUGGCUGCGACUCCUCCAUAUCUUUAUAGCGCUCUGCCACUUCAACCACAUGCGUUUUUCUUUAGUGAAAUGUUAAGGUCGUUCGUUAACGCUCGUCAUGGUUGCCGACCACCACACUAUCAUCGCCGCUUUAAACGUCGUUCACAUAAGUAUUUUGCCGAAAACGAAAAUGACUGGAGACGUGAAUGGCCUAAGCAAGAUGAAGAAAAGAAGGAACCAGAAAUGCGACCUGAAGUUCCUCUUGAGUUAACUGUAGAAAAGCAGCCAAGAAUGUGUGAUCAAUCACCGAGAAGAUUGUCUCCAAAAGCAGAGCCUCCUAAGCCGAGUAGCCCUGGGCCACCAGGGAGACAGUCUACAUUUGUAGAUGUUGGUACAGAAGAGUUGCCCAAACCAGCACCAUGUGUCGGAAGAACUCCGGUUGAGGCUAGCUCUGUACCUCCUGCAAACCUGAUUCUCCCUCCUCCACCACCGAUGUGGUAUCCACCGCUUUAUAAUCCGCAAUUCGGUGUAGAUCCACUCAACUUUUUCAUUGACUUACGUGUGUCUGGACAUAUUUACGAUCGAAAGAGAUCUGUACCUGAAACAAUGGAUCCAAAUAUUGGUUUAGAUGUACGAUCUGAAGAGUCUAAUUUAGACAAGAGAUUGGGAAAAGAUUUUGGGCAAAAACCUCGUCAUCUAUCAGCUUUUUCGGUACCGGUUAGAUCGAAUCAAACGCAGGUUGAGGGAUCGGAAAAAUAUUUUGAAAGGAACACAAGGUAUUUGGGAAAGCCGAAUGGCACCUCAUAUAUUAUGAGAAAUUUGAAAAGCGUUUAUGAAAAUUUGCAUUCAAUUGAACGUAAGGAGGAUUCAAAAGAUAAAAAUGAAGACCCAAAAGCUGAAUCAUCAGAUUUAGAAGAUGACAUAAUGGAU